AUGGUUACAACGGGGACAGGACCUUGUGCGCCUCCCCCAUCAAUUUUGCCCCCGAAUACGAAGCCCGUUGUUCCUCCAAAUAGUAGUCUGGUGAUCAGUUCCAUGUCUUCCACUACGACAGUUAUUACCACUUCAGGUAAAACUGUGACAACUGUUGUACCGGGUCCUCCACAAUCCUCGUCGAAGGUCACUUCACAAUGCUCGACAACAAUGACAUCGGUAAGCUCAGGCAAAAUUUUGACUCUGACUAGUGGUGUGCCUUGUUCUCCACCAACUAGUGGAAGUAGCCCACCAAAGACGUCCGUACCACCAUCGCCGCCGUCCUCUGCUCCAAAAAAGCCUCCAGGUUCUUCAGGAUCCGUGAAAAGCUCCUCGAUAUCGACGCCCAUGACAACCGUGACCGUGGUGACUGAAGGCAGGACGACAACGACGACUGUUCCAUGUACUCAAUGUAUCAAGUCAGCUCAAUCGCCUCCAGGCUCAUCCACGCCUCCACCUCCUCCAGGACAGUCAGGUGCGCCAAAAGGCCCACCCCCAAAAGUGCCUCCGCCUGCGUCGAGCCAGAUCAAGGUUGCCAACAUCACAAUCUACACCACCAAGAUUAUCUCGACGUCAGUAACUGUUUUCUCUUCUGGUGGUACUCUAGUCACAUCCAAAUCGUUUGUUCAGACGUUCUCUCCGACUGUCAUCCAACAGAAACCAGUCAUUACAACGAUAGAUCAUGUGGUUCAUACUAUUCCACCGAACGUCACACAGACUGUUAAUGUUACCGAGUUCUCUACAAAGAUUAUAUCCACGGUCACGAGUAUAUUCUCUUCUGCAGGCAAAGCAAUAACCACGACGUCUGUGGUCCAGAGUUUGUCCCCCACCAGCGUGCACAAAGCCCCAGUGAUCACGGUGGUAGACUACAUGGUCCACACUUUGUCAUCGAGCAUCAGUACUUAUACCUCUGCUAACAAGACGUAUUCGUCGACAUCAUACCACACAUCUGCUCUAGCGACUGGUAUUCGCAGCGGCGCACUAGUCACCGUGACGGUGCAUACAACGAAAACAAUAGCAUGCACAAAAUGUGGCUCUGUCACUAGCGCAGGGAAGACAUAUGCUGCCAACUCAACCACGACUGUAAUUCCAGUAUCCACUCACUCUGGCAUCCUAACCACAAAGACGGAGUACGCAACGAAGACUGUCUCAACAAAAUGUGACACCGUGACCACCGGUGGCAAAGCCACAACACACACCACAUUGAUCACAACCCUGUCGCCAACAAAGACGCACACAACGGUUGCACCGAUCAUCACAGCACCACAAACCAAGAUCAUCACCGAUUUCACUACCAAAACAUUGACAGUGAUAUCAACCACGAUCUCAUCCGGUAGCUCAGUGAUCACAACAAGCAGCCCAGUCGUCACCGUCGUCCCCGCCACCGUCACAGAAUGGAAGACCGAGGUCGUAAGCGUGAACUGCUCCACCGGCAUUUCCCUCAGUACAAAGAUCGCACCAGUAGGCUACACAGCCACCGAGUGGAAAACCAUCACCACGACCUUGUCCGGCCAAUCGACGCCUGUCGUUCAGGCAAUCCAGACGGUGCCUGCGAACUCGGUCGUCGCGCCGCCGCCCCAGGCACCAUCUCCGGACACUCCAGGAGCUGCACCACCCGCACCAAUUGCGUCUGGCCAAAGCGCCGCGGCAGCACAAACCUCCCCGCCAGCUCCCGGCGCGCCGAAAGCCGCCCCCGUCGAUGCACAACCCGCGCCAGGCCAAGCAUCGCCUGCAUCACCAACUCCAUCUUCACCAGGCGCAGCAGCUCCCUCCUCUACAGCUCCAUCACCAGCAUCCGCCUCCGCCUCCGCCCCCGCUCCGGGUAAAAACCAAGGCAUAGCCAUCGGUCCCCCACCAGACGAGCCCAACCUACCCGCCUCCCCCGCCUCCCCUCCCUCAUCUCCAGCUGGUAGUGGCGCGGACGCAACAGUAACAUCUGGCUCCACAGCCACAGACUUCAACACCAGGACCGAAUAUCUAUCUAAUACGCCAACGGUGGGUGUUACGUCGACUAUUCAGGGGCCUGAGGCCGCUACGCAGGGUUCUGACUCAGCAGGGGCUGGGAGUGGGGCUGGGAUGGCAGGAAUGCCCGCGCCGACGGACGCGGCGGGCGGGCCGGAGGAGAAUAUGAAUCCUGCGGACGCUACUGAUGGCAGUGGGACUGGGGAUGCGGCGCCUACGCCGGUGAGUUGUACGGGGUAUAUGGUCAAUGGCACCGUCAUCGCCACCGCCGCUCCCAACCCAACCGCUCCAGGUACUGGUACUGGUACUGGUAUGGGCACAGGUACGGCGGUGGGUACGGCGGGGACAGGUAUUCCCACCGGUGCGGUCUGGGGUACAGGGAUUUGUGGAGCCGGGUUGGCGAAUGGAACUGCGCCUGCUGCGGCGACUAUGACGCCUGCUAUGCCUUUCACGGGCGGGGUGGGGAGAUGGGCUGCGCAUAGGGUUGAUGGGGGUGUUGUGGGGUUUUUGGUUGGGGUGGUUGGGUGGUUGGUUUUGUGA